AUGGCCGCCCACGACUCCAUCAUCCUCGAGGAGGACAUCGACGAGGACUACGACCCGACGCCAGACGAGAUCGAUGAGUACGCCACCUGGCUCGGCAUGAGGCGGCCGGAGGACGACGACCUGCUCUGGAUCGCGAGCGAGGGGCUCAAGGCGCCGCUGCCGGAGCACUGGAAGCCGUGCAAGACGCAGGACGGCGGCGAGAUAUACUACUUCAACUUUGCGACCGGCGAGUCCGUCUGGGACCACCCGUGCGACGACUACUACCGCAAGACGUACGAGGAGGAGAAGGCCAAGAAGCUGCGCCGCUCUGCUGAGGGGAAUGGCCGUCCGGCAGCGGCGCCCAGCUCGCCAGGGCUGGGCCGGCAGCCUCCUGGCGGGCCCAUCGGGCUGAGCGCGCUCGGUCGGCGCCCGGCGCGCGGGGGAGAUCGGAACCCGGUGCGCCGACCACCGGACCGCUGA